AAAGACUGUAUGAGAGAGUGAAGGGUUGAAAAACAGAGUGGUGGACCUGCAGCGCUGUAGAAAGUGAGACUGACUGAGAGAGACGCAGCAGAGACACAGACAUACAACAGCCAACUUGACUGUAGUCUUCUCUCUCACACACACACACAGACAGACACAGACAAGCAGGUAGGCCAACCUGAGACUUACCAGACACACUCAUUCAUCCUCAUACACUUUCUCACACACUCAGCAGCAGCAGCAGCAGCAGCAGCAGCAGCAGCAUGUUCCGGUUGAGGCUCCCCCAGGCAGUGUACGUGCUGUCUGCGUGUGUGUGUUUGAUUCUCGCAUAUGGGGAGGAUGAUAUAGAGGUCAACUUCGCCGACACCUACUACAAUGAAAUCAUAGACGGAGACACACCAGAACCCACACCGAGCCCAGCCCCCUGUAAUUCUCAAGAGCUGACCAAAUGGGACAAACUCUUCUCGAUGCUGGAGAACAGUCAGAUGAGGGAGAACAUGCUGCUUCAGUAUGCAGAUGAUAUCAUCAAGGUGGAGAUGGGGUCACUGCGUGGAGAGCUGCUUAGGUUUAUAGCCCAGUACGGGGGUUCCUGUGGAGCUGCAGUUGAGACAGCAGGAAGAAGGAUGGCCGUGCAGCUGGAGAGCCGCCUCAGAGAAACCCUGGAGCGCUUCGUACUCAGAGAUCAGUCUUCUGCUGUAGCUGCUGGGAAUUCUGUAGAGAAUUCAAACCUGGAGCUGAUGCUACAUCAGCUUCUCCUCGCUGCACGAACACAAGCAACCCGACUUGGCAAGUUGGAGUCUAGUUGCUUCAGUAGCCCAGGCGCUGGGACUGGAAAGACAGGAUCCCAGCUUCCAGAGGGUGGAGGAGCUGGCAACCGGGAGCAAGAGGUCACAUCACGAGAGGUAGCUUUAGACGGAGUGCUGGCUGCGCUGCAACAGACGAAGGUGGGACUGGAGGAGGUGCUAAGGUCAUCAAGGCAAAGAUACCUACCCGCAGGUUGUGAGAUGGCGCUACUCUUCCCCAUGCAAUCCCGUCGAAUCUACACCUCCGUCAUACCAGAUGUCCCUCUCUCCCUCUCCAGCUUCACUGUCUGCAUGUGGGUGAAGCCAUCCAUUGUCUCCAACAAAACUGUGCUGUUCUCCUAUGGAAACCGCCGCAACCCAUAUGAGAUCCAGCUGCUGCUCGCUCAAACUUCUGUACUGUUAACCAUCGGAGGAGAGGCUCACCUGGUGGGGGCUCGGGGUGUGGUGAAACCAGGAGGAACAACAGAGUGGAUCCAUUUGUGUGGGGCUUGGUCAUCUGAGCAGGGAUUGGCGUCUCUGUGGGCAGGAGGAAAAAAGGUGGCCACCACACCCGGAGUGGCUGAAGGACAUAUCUUACCUGAUGGAGGCUCACUCCAGCUGGGGCAGGAGAGGAAUGGAUGCUGCCCUCUGUCUCCAGGCAACGAGAGCGGCGUGUCAGGGUUUGAGGCAGGGUUCAAUCCCAAACUGGCGUUCGCGGGAAAGAUGACAGGGGUCAACAUGUGGGAUAGGGUGCUGUCAGAGGAAGAGCUAUCCCAGCUGGCUUUGCCGGAGGGUCAGGGCUGCCAGCAGAGGGGGAACAUUGUAGCGUGGGGAGUGACAGAGAUGGUACCACAUGGAGGUGCUCAGUUCAUCAACUAACAGAUUCAUACUCUUCAUUGUUCAUCAUCAUCAUCAUCAUCGUCAUGAUGAAAAUCAGCAACAUCCUAAUAAGCUUUCAUGCUAAAACUGAAGAGAGACAACUACUUUUAUAAUCAUCACCAUCAUCAUCUUUGUCCCUGUAGUUUGUAGUUUGUAGUUGUUUUAAUUAUUAUGUUAUUAUCAAGACUUCUUCAUCAUCUCUAUUGCCACCAUUAUGAACACUAAUGCUGCAAUGAAGAAAGUCAAUGCUGUGAGAGACUAAAGUUUAUUUUUGUAACAUAAUCUUCUGAACUGUGGCCAUAACACUCACACACACACACACACACACACACACACACACUGACGUACAUUCAGUUUAGAAAACUUGUAUUGUAGCAGGAAAAGCAUUUACAAAAGACUUAAUGAGACUGCAAGAAAGACAAAGGGUCUAUUGUUAAAGUGAACAGGUUCUGAGUCAGUAAACAGAGUCAGCACCAGCCACGCAGGGAAGGGAAAUAAGAGGCACAGAUGAUUCUUGUAACAGAGUGAUAUAUCUUUUAGAGCAAUUAUACAUUUAUCUUUGUUUCUAGAUUUGUACAGAUAUGGCAAAUGCAGUUAAUCAAUUAUCAAUGCAAAAACUGUUUAACAUUAAUAUAAUAAAAUAUGUGCUUUUCUACCUUUGCUGUCUUGUAGGUAUAAUUAUUAGAAGACUUACUGUCACCUGUCCUCCUCACAACUGAAAGCAGAGGUACUUAGAUGUUUUUACUUCGUUACUAAUGUGUUAAUAAUGUGUUGUAAUGUAAUGUGCAGUGCAACACAUGAUGUAUGAAAUACCUGUGUGACUGAAAACUGCUGUACUUGCUUUCAUUUCAAGCAUGGUCAACUAGCAACUCUAGAAUUAGCUUCAAACAAAUAGAUUUUUAGCAACUUAUUAUUUUAUUAUCAUCGUUUCUUGAAUUUGUGAAAUCUUUUAAAGCGUUUUUUAAGAACUUACAUUUCCAAACUUGUAUUCUUUGAAGUGUUUACAUUCAUAUGAAUUAUAUAAUUACAGUUCUGCUUUGUUAGAUUUUUGUCAGUAGUUCUCAUUUAAUAUUAGGGUAAUAAGUCUGUGUCUUCUUUUUUGAUACAUCGUAAGGUAAUAAGAGGUAUAACUGUUAUAUUUGUAAUGUGAGUCUGACAUCUGAUUUUUUUUUUUAUUUGAUUAAAGAAACUGAGGACAAUGUUUACACAAUUUAAUCUUUGUCUUGUAUUAUACUGUAAUUUGCUUUUGUUGUUCCUGUUGUUCUUGUGAAAUUUUGAGAUUGAAUGUAUUUUGUACAUAAAUAUAUUUUGCAUAACAUGAGUGGAUGAAUGGAGAGUGAGGUAUGAAUAAACAUUUCAAGUUAUCUUAUA